ACCGACUCCAGAGGAAGCAAUGGGGUCUGUGACCGGACCGGACGCCUCUACCUGUAUCACUACAACGAGGAGCAGCCGUACAUCCCACUGACCGAAAUCCAGAGGAUUGACACAGCCGCCAUCCUAGACAUCAAAUGGUGCCACGUUCCUGUUGCCGAACACCCCAUGGUUGGCAUUGCAAACUCGACAGGCGCCGUGGAGUUUUGCCACCUGACUGGAAGUGAGAAGAACAGCUGCAUGCUGGAGCCAUGCUUCAGGGUCGAUCUCGGUGCGCAGCGCCUGGCCUUGUCUUUGGACUGGUCCACAGGACGAGAGCAAUGUGGGUGCCCUUUGAGGGUGAUCAGCAGUGACUCCGAGGGGAAGCUGAAUCUCUUCUCCAUAGAUGAAUCUGCUCCUUCUGUGAAUGUCCUGAACCAGUGGGAAGCUCACAAAUUUGAGGCCUGGAUUGCUGCUUUUAAUUACUGGGACACGGAUAUUGUGUAUUCAGGAGGAGACGACACCCUGCUGAAGGGCUGGGACACCAGGCAGAGCCCAGAGACUCCGGUCUUCACCAGCAGGAGACACUCGAUGGGUGUGUGCAGCAUUCAGUGCAGUCCCCACCGGGAGAAUCUGCUGGCUACUGGCAGCUAUGACGAGCACGUGCUGCUGUGGGACACCAGGAACAUGAAGCAGCCGCUGGCAGACACCCACGUUGAAGGCGGAGUUUGGAGGUUGAAGUGGCACCCAACCUGUGAUUUUGUGCUGUUGGCAGCCUGCAUGCAGAGCGGGUUCAAAAUCCUCGACUGCCGCGGCAGCAUGGCUGAAAACACGGAGGAAUGUAUCAUCCUGUCAUCCUAUGUCUUGCACAAUUCCUUGGCGUACGGGGCUGACUGGUCGAGGCUCUGUCCGAAGGAUUCCUUGUCUGGACCACAGGACUCUGCUGCUGCGGGCCAGCCUUCGGAGGAGCUUGUGGGAAGGACAGAGGAAGCUGAGAGACUGAAUUUGCAGGUCCAAAACCUGAAGAUAAUUUAUGAGUCUCCUACAGCGACUUUUGAUGUAAUACUGGAUGAGGAGAGCGAAGGCCCUGCCUUGCCGCUCGAAGCAGAGGGGGGUCCUAAGCUGUCUGAGAAUCCUGACCUGGUCAGGGGUCCUGAUUUAAAGGGGAGCUCAGGUUUGGCUGGGGGUGUCAACCAAAGAGGAGCUCCUGAGUCAGCCAGCAGUUCUGAGUCAGGGGCCAAGAGACCCACCAGCAUGGGCCUGGACAGAAGCGGUGAUUCAGCCAGGUCUCCAGACAGCCCGAAAGAAAUGAGCAUUGUAGCGACUUGUUCUUUCUAUGACAAUAUCCUCCACAUCUGGAAGUGGGAGAUGAGCCUGGCGACCCCUUCGGAGACGCCAGGUACCACAUCUCCCUCUGAAAGAACGGUCAGAAGUUUGCAUUGA